AUGCUCUUCGGACUCGUAUUUUGCACGGUGAUAGCGCUGCUCAAGGGCCUGGCGCUCGGCUCGCUCGCCAUUUCCGACUCCCAGCUGCUGGGAGACGUCCUGGACGCCAGCGACAACUUCAACGACGAAAGUGUGGUCAAGGCGUUCGUGGACGAGCUCGUGGCGCUGUCGCACUCGAGCAAAAACAUCUCUGCGUGCGACCAGUGUGUCACGAGACUCGCGGUGGGCAAGUCGCUGGCGCUGCUCAGACCCGAGCUCGUGCCUCGCGUCUUCACCAAGUGGUGCCAGAUCACCAAGUACAUGACCAACUCCACCUGCGUGAGCACCUUCGCGCGCAACACCGUCAAGUCCAGCUACACCGGCACCAACUUCGCAGACAUGCUGUCGCUGAUGGACCCCUUCGGCUACGACGGCCAGCUGUACUGCUGCUACAAGGAAUCCGCGUGCUCCAAGCCCAAGACCCCCAACGUCACGCUCUCCCACAUGUGGCCUGCCAAGCAAGCCAAGCACAGCGUCGCCCCCGUGCCCUCCGCCAACGACACUUUCAACGUGCUCCACCUCUCGGAUUUCCACAUCGAGCUCGACUACACCGUUGGUGCCGAGGCCAAUUGCUCCGCUAGCAUGUGCUGCACGCCCCACUCCAGUAACACUUUCGCCAACAUCACCUCCCAUCCACAACAAGCCUGGAACUCCUUCUACGACUCCUCUUACAUGAACGAUACUUUUGUAAAGGGCUCUUCCGUGGACGCUUUCAAGAACGGGUCCAUCUGGUCCCCAGCCACUACUUUCGGUAACUACAAAUGUGACGCUCCCGAAGUCCUCAUCAAUUCUUCCAUGAACUCCAUUGCUCAGUACAGCUCCGACAACAACAUCGAUUUCGAGUUUGCUAUCUUCACCGGUGAUAUGGUAGACCACGAUGAAUUCUCGUUGACCAGCUACAAGAUGACUGUGGAAUCCGAAGAACUUGUGUUCAGAGACAUCAAAAACAAAUUGGGCGAUGUCCCAGUGUAUGCCGUCAUGGGUAACCACGAUAAUUUCCCAUACGGUGAAUUGGCUCAAGAAAACCAUGGAUUCCUCAACUACUUCUCGUACAACGCAGAGCUUAUGGCCGACUUGUGGGAAGACUACGGUUGGUUAGGUCCUAAAGAAUCCCAAUACGCCCGCAAACAUUACACCGGUUUCUCCGUCGAAACUACAAUGGGCUUAAAAGUUAUUUCUUUGAACUCCAAUGUUUGGUACAAGAAGAACCAUUACGCAUACUGGAACUCCACGCAGCCCGACACCUUUGGUCAGUUUGAAUUUUUGAUAGACGAACUAGUGGCUAGUGAGAAAAUAGACCAAAGAGUUUGGAUUAUUGCCCAUAUCCCAUUCUCUUCAGAUGCUUUACCACUACCCGCAAAGAUGUUUGCUGAGGUUGUGGCAAGAUUCUCCCCUUACACCAUUGCAAACAUUUUCUUCGGUCACACCCAUUUGGACCAGUUUGAAAUUCUUUACUCAGGCCCUGGCAACGAUGCCAAGACGAUCGAAAAUGUUGUAGCUUCCUCUUGGAUCUCCCAGGCUGUGACUCCUUGGGUCAACAACAAUCCAUCGUGGAGAUAUUACACCGUUGACAAGGAAACUUUCUCGGUUAUGAAUGCAUACAAUUUCUACACCAAACUUAACGAGACCUUUGCCAACAACGGUGCUGAGCCUGUGUGGGAAUUAGAGUACUCUUCCAGAGAAGGUUAUAACAUCACUUGGCCAGAGACUGCGCCAUUGAAUGCUACCUACUGGCACACGGUUGCUUCUAAGGUUAACGAAUCUGUCGAAUACAAUCAAAUGUACGAAAACUACGCCAUGAGAUUCUCUCCUUACGUGCCAAAUUGUGCAAACUCUACCUCUUGUGACCUUAACUACUGUUUUUUGACCUCCUUCACAGUUGAUCAGUACGAUGAUUGUGUAGCCAGCGUCAAAAGCAAAAAAUAG